AUGCUGGGCGCCUCCAGCCAGUCUCAAAAGGCACUGUCGCCUCAGCAGUCUGCAUCGAGCGUCAACACCCUCAACCCACGACCGAGUUUCGAGCGCGAAGCGAGCGCGGGCGGCCUCCAGCCGCCCUCUGCCUCUGCCAAUGCAUCAAGAAGCCUGGGCGCGUCGGGCGUCAGCUUCGGCCCGCGAGGCUCCUCGCUCAACCCCUCCAUCGCGCCCGGGAGCUUCAGUUCUGAGCUGCGCAGCCAGAUGAUGCCAUCUCGUUCUGGCUCCCGGGGCGAUAUCUACAGCAUCGAUAAGGUCGACGAGGAAGAUUCCGCCACGGCUGCCGAGCAGACACUUGCAGCUCUCAGAGAACAGCUGAAUCGGGAGAUGAAAAUCAAGGAUGGGAGCGAAAACAUGUUGGAAGCUUUGAAUGCGAAGAAGGCGAAGCAGACAAAAGAGCAAAGGGCCAAGGUCGAAGCCGAGCUCAACGCGUCCAAUCAGCGGAUCAAGAUUCUGCGGCAGAAGAUUGCAGACGCUUCGAGGUUCAAGCCGACGCCGACGACUCCAACGAGACAGAGGACCAACGAUGCGCUGUAUUCUUCCGCCAACAAUGGACUGCGCUCUCCGCCCAGUGCCUCUCGCAGUGGUGCUGGGUCCGACAACGAGGAGGCGGCCGAGCAAUCGCCCACCUUUCUUCUAGCCGAGUUGCUUCAGGCCCUAGAGCAGGAGGGUAUGCCUCCAGAAUACUAUGUCAGCCGGGGCAACAGCCUAGUCGACUUGUUCAGACGACACCCCACCCUCAAGUAUGACCUGGUAUGGUCUGUCUUUGGUCUGCGUAUGCAGGUCAUGCUCCUCAGCGAGGCCAGAGAAGUAGUAGCCGCUGGCUACCGCAUGAUCCGAUAUGCCAUCUCAGAUGUGGCCUCCCUAAAAAAGAUCCGCAGCUUGAAUACUGACAUCAUUGUUGUGACAUCUUUGAUCAAAGACCGCAAGGCUGAUCUGGAGCGCGAGCAGGCUCUGAAGUUUGUCAGAGCCUUCUUGGAUGUAAAAGACGGAGUCAAAGAAUUGUCGCGCGCCGUGGUUCGAACUGUGGCUGCUGUUGCUGAGCAGGCUGAAGACCGCCUGCGGUCCAUCUGCCUGGAGACGCUUGCUGAGAUCAUGCUUCGUGACCCUGCCCUAGCAGUCGCAUCUGGUGGCCUGGCACCACUCUCUGAGGCCUUGAUCGAAGGUACCUACAAGUCGCCAGAGUCACUCACAACAUCUUACAUGCAUGUUUUGGACAGUCCGCAGAAGAGGGUUUACCUGCGCUCUGGUUAUGAUCUGGAGGUCCUCUUCACAGCGUUCACAGACAUUGUCUUGGCCAACGAGACUUUGUUGAAACAAAAUGCCAAGGCCAUCACCAAGAUUCUCAAGAGCUGGCCUGGUCUGAUGAUACUGACAAUGCACGAAUCCCGCGCUCUCAAGUCGCUGCUGACCAGCAUGGUACUUCCCCAGCCCACCAUCCGAGAAACCGUCAUCGAUCUCGUCUACCUACUCCUUCGGAUCAAAUCUCCUUCGUGGGCUUCCUCAUUUCUUGCUGGCCGCCGCUUGACGACGUACGGACGGGUUGCUAGCCUCAAGUCCAUCCCGAACCAGACUUCAUCAGCGACGUUGUCCCCCAUGGAAGAAGAUAGCGGAGAGCAGAACUUCAUGGACCACUACACCGCCCUUCUUCUGGCAACAUUCGUCAAGGCCGGGCUUCUGGAAAACCUCCUCCAGGUCGCACGGACCAGCGAGCCGCAGUUGUCAAGGAAGACAUGCCUCCUUAUCGGAGAGGUGCUGAAGCUUUCAAGCAGGCUCCUUCCCUCAUCAUGGAGCAACGAUCUCCCUCUGCUUCCAGAAUUGUUCGCCGCCGCCACCCAGUUCAAAGACGACAACCGAUUCAUUGCCUCCGGUAUAGUUUAUCAGAUUAGCUCGGUGAGCAGGACACUGUACAGGAGCUCGCCGUCUGUUGCCACAGCUGGAACCCUGCCGUCCAAUGACAGCAUGGGCAAUCUCGCGGACAUGCAUCGCAAAAGCAACGCCGGGACUGUGGUUCAAGAGGGCGCAAUCCGACAGCUCCUGGUUGAGUCUAACGUCUUGAACAGCUCCAACUAUUUGAAGUGGAACUGGGACGUCAUUUCGCGAAUAAUCGAAGGGCCGCUUCAAGAUGGAAAGCGGCUGGACGAGGUCAACAGAGUGUCCAAAUUCAUGAACAGGAUCAUGAGCUUCUACCGGCCUUUUAAGCACAGGUUCUCUGAUCUCUCGAGCAACAAAAACACGCAAAAGUACGUCAGGGUAGGAUGUGCUUUGAUGCAUACUCUCCUACAGUCCCACGAGGGUGUCGACUACUUGCAGGAUCAUAAGAUGUUGCGGCAGAUAGCCGAGUGUCUAGCUCAAUGCGACCCGAGCAGCGGGCUGACGUCGACGGACCCUAUGUUCUCUCCUGGUCGCCUGCAAAGCACGCUUUGCGCUGGCUACUUCCCCAUGCUCGGCGUCCUCAGCGGUGACCCCAGGGGCUUGGAGCUUCUGCAGCGUUGGAGAAUGUUCAACAUGAUGUAUCAUAUCCUCGGCCACAAGCAGCGCCCCGACCUGAUCAAGCUGCUGCUCUCCAACUUCGACUACAGCAUCCCAGGCCACCCGCGGGUGCUUAUAGAGCAAGCAUUGACUUCUGGUACGAGAGAGAUUCGCAUCACGGCGACGAACGCUCUGCGAAAGUAUGCGACUCGGCCUUUCGAUGCGUCACAAUCUUCCCACGGAAAGGUUGACUGGAAGUGGGCAAUCGAAAAGCUGUGUGACCAGCUGUACGACCCCGAGGUAGAGGUCUGCCGCACCGCGGUUAAGAUCCUCGAGAAGGCAUGCAACAAGAAGGCAUACCUGGAAUACGUUGUCCAGUGCCGUCCAACAAUGGACCACUUGGGAGAAAUCGGCGCCCCUCUCCUCCUGCGGUUCCUGUCUUCUUCCAUCGGCUACCACUACCUCGAUGGCGUCGAUUAUAUCAGCAACGAAAUGGACGACUGGUUCCUCGGCCGGAACGACUCGUACGUUGGAGUGAUCGAGACCAGCUUGGCCAAGGCGUUCCUCGAGAAUCCGGAGGAGCAUCAGAACCGCAUGAACAUGGUGGACGAGGCUCAAGCGGAGGCGGAGCCAGAGAAUCACAUUCCGCCGCACUUCUAUCGCGAGCUCGCACGCACCCAAGAAGGCUGCAAGCUACUCAGCGACAAGGGACACUUCGCCGAGUUUGCCAGCACCAUCAAAGAGUAUGGGAUGCAGUCGGAAGAUCCAGAGCUCUUGUUGAAAGUCAAGGCGUCAAUGUGGGCCGUUGGCAAUGUCGGAUCGAUGGAGCUCGGUGCCCCUUUUAUCGAAUCAUGCGACGUUGUGGAGGACAUUGUGAAGAUUGCCGAAGAGCACGAGGUCAUGAGUCUGCGCGGCACCGCUUUCUUCGUGCUUGGACUGAUCUCUAGAUCCGCUCACGGCCUGGAGAUCCUUUCAGAGUGCGGAUGGGACGCAAAUCUUUCGCCCAGGGGAGAGUCCUUGGGCUUCUGCAUCCCUAACAACCUGUCCAGGUUCUUCUCGUUCAAGCCCUGGGAUCACGCCAUCGCCUCCAAGAUCACGUUGCCAGACUCGCAGAAGACGUUUCUGACUCCGCCGCCAGCCACGGUAGCGCGUCCGCCUUUGGAGAAGGAAGAGCUGCCGGCCUUCACCAACGAACUAGCCACCAACCAACGAAUCCUCGAUCUUGUCGUUGAUCUCGGUAACAUGGUGUUGUACAAACGCGCCAUGGGCGAGCUGAUGCAGAUCAGGCAGCACAAGGUGCCGGGUUUCAGAUGCCCAAAGAUGUUCAAGCGCGUCAUGACGAUGCUCGAAUACAACCACUACCGUUUACCUAUCAGACGAAUGGUACUAGAGAUGUUCGACAAGAGCGUCCUCCGGCGGAUUGUCUUUGGCGAAGACAGCGACAGUGGGUCUGAUGAGAACGAGGACGACGGAGUCAAUGAUUCAUCAUCUGGCGACGAGAACCGAACAGAGAGGCAGAGGAGCAUUUCGGAUCCUUCAGAGCUAGGAAAGGACACCCCGACGAGGGCGGAGCGGUCGAACAGCCAAAGCUCGGCAGACACGGAGAGCUCGGCGGGGACGGCUAUGGUUCAGGGACGGGUUCUCGUUAUUGCCGGCUCUGACAGCUCGGGGGGGGCCGGUCUAGAGGCAGACCAAAAGGUGAUCGCGGCUCACGGCUGCUAUGCCAUGACCGCCACGACGGCCCUGACGGCACAGGACACUACCGGCGUGCACGACAUUCACCAUGUGCCACAGGAGUUCUUGGUUAAACAGAUUGACGCCUGCGUCGGCGACAUUGGCGUCGAUGUUGUCAAAACCGGUAUGCUGGCUUCUCCUACAACGAUAGGUACAGUAGUCGAGGCUCUCAAGAGGCACAAAAUCCCCAGGGUGGUCGUAGACCCGGUCAUGAUCGCAACUAGCGGUGCGGAGCUUCUUCCCCGCGAAGCCGUCGCCGAGCUGCUGGACGGUCUCCUAAGGCUCACAACCGUCCUCACGCCCAACAUCCCCGAGGCGAAGCUCAUCCUUGAAGACUCGGGUUACAAGUCCAUCGAGGUGAAGAGCGUCAGGGACCUCGACGAGAUGGCAAGGUCCGUCCAGGCGCUCGGUCCCGAGUGGGUGCUCGUCAAGGGCGGACAUGCGCCGUUUAAGGCAGACUUCACUGUGGCUGAGACGGAGGAGGAGAAGGCUAUCGUUGUUGACGUGCUCUACGGACAGGGAGAGUUCUUGCAUAUCCAGAGCCCUUAUCAGAGUUCCACGAACACGCACGGAACAGGCUGCUCGCUCGCUUCUGCCAUCGCGUCGAACCUCGCCAAAGGUCUCAGUGUACCUGAAGCAGCUAGAUCAGCUUGUCGAUACAUCGAGGCUGCGAUCAAAACCGCUCCAGGCUUCGGCAAGGGACAUGGACCGUUGAACCACUUCCAUUCGGUUCAGACACUUCCAUUUGCGCCGGGACGGUUCAUUGAGUAUAUGCUCGCACGAACCGAUGUCAAAGAUGUGUGGAAAACGUUCGUUUACCACCCCUUCGUCAUGGCCAUGGGCGAUGGCACGCUGCCUAUGGAUUCCUUCAAAAAAUACCUCAUCCAAGACUACCUCUACCUCGUCCAUUUUGCCAGAGCUAAUGCCCUGGCGUCGUACAAGGCCAAGAACAUUGCGGACAUUGCAGCUGGCGCUACCAUCGUCAGUCACAUCACUCGUGAGAUGAGCUUGCACAUCGACUACUGCAAAGAUUUCGGCAUCACCGUGCCUGAGAUUGAGGCAACCGAAGAGCAUCAAGCCUGCACGGCGUACACACGUUACGUUCUCGACGUGGGAAUGAGCGAGGACUGGAUCGCCCUGCAAAUGGCGCUGGCCCCUUGUCUUCUCGGAUACGGCGCCGUGGCCAAGCAGCUUCACGGCGAUGCCAAGACCAAACGCGACGACAACACGUACUGGAAGUGGAUAGAGAACUACGUUGCUGAUGACUACGUUGGGGCCGUCAAGACCGGAUCAGGUGCGUGGUGCUUCGACAGCGGUUUGACGAAGCGCAGAGUUGCUGACCAGAGGACAGAGUUGAUCGAGAGGCAUGCCGUCUUGCAGUCCCCGUCGAGUAUCGAGCGGCUGGUCAAGAUUUUCAUUCAUGGAACCAAGAUGGAAAUUGGCUUCUGGGAGAUGUUUCCUUCCCGAUGA